AUGGCUCGUUGUGUCCCAAGAACGCGCGGAGCGGCGUCUCGCCUUGUCGCUCUCCACCCUUUCCUCGCCCAGCCCUCCAUCGCCGUCCACCCCGUCCCCCCGCCCGCAGCCGCAGCUCCCCCCUGCCCGCCGCGCCCGUCAUGGUUGCUCUCAACCGUUUCCGCUCUCCGCCCCGCGCCCACCUUCCCUUCCCCAAUUGCGCCUUCCGCUCUGUCCUUCCUCUCCGCCCCAUGCGCCCCUCCUUCCGCUUCCGCCCCUUCCGCCCCUUCCGCCCCUUCCGCCCUCCCACCCGCGCGCUCCCCCUACCGCAACUCCUCUUCUCCCGUUCCUUCCGCUUACCGUGACGCCUGGCCACAUGUCGCCCGCGAAUUCAGCAGCAUCGCGGAAACCAGCGGCGGCGGAAGUGGCGUGGCGGCGGAGGCGGCGGAGGCGGCGGACGCGCCCCCCGGGGGAGCUGGCGCGGGGGAGGCGCCACCCGGGGGAGGCGUUUUCCACAAUAUCCGGGUGGAGCUUGUGGCGGACGGGCAGGUUGGGUUAAUUACCCUGGCACGGCCGAAAGCGCUGAACGCGCUGUCGCAGGCGGUUAUGGGGGAGGUGGUAUCUGCGCUGCAGUGGAUGGAGCAGAAAGAGUCGGUGGGCGCGACGGUGGUAACGGGUGAGGGGCGCGCGUUUGCAGCCGGGGCAGACAUAGCGGAGAUGGCGCCGCUGACCUUCGCUGCUGCUCUCAAGGGGGACUUGCUGGGGCAGUGGGAUGAGAUGCGACGCCUGAAGAAACCGGUUAUCGCUGCUGUCAACGGCUAUGCCUUGGGCGGAGGGUGCGAGCUGGCGAUGAUGUGUGACGUCAUACUAGCCGGUGAAAAGGCCGUGUUCGGACAGCCCGAGGUGAAGCUUGGAGUGAUUCCCGGGAUGGGCGGCACGCAGCGUCUUACCCGCGCGGUGGGCAAGGCGCGCGCCAUGGAGAUGAUUCUCACGGGCGAGUUCUUCAUGGACGCGAAUGAAGCGGCGCAGGCUGGACUGGUCAGCAGAGUGGUCCCAGGUCCACAGGAAGAGCUAGUGAGAGCAGCCAUAGCAACAGCCGCCAAGAUAGCAUCGCUGUCGCAACCAGCAGUGGCCAUGGCAAAGCAGAGUGUCAACGCGGCCUUUAACGGGUCGCUGGCUGAAGGGCUGGCUGAGGAGCGGGCGCUGUUCCUCUCGUGCUUCGCUCUUGCCGACCAGAAGGAAGGCAUGCAGGCGUUUCUGGAGAAGAGGGCUGCUCACUUGAAGCAUGAAUGA